GGUCGUUUGUAUGGGGCGAUGAGCGACCAGCAGCCCUACACGUUGUCAAGUGCCUUCCCCCUGGUCAGCCACCCAGCCUUCGGCCUGUACACCACUAGCUCAGGACGCCCAGAGUUUGGAGGCCUGGGGUCGUUGGGGUCCCUGGGUUCUCUGGGGUCCUUGGGGAUGUCUGCUGCCCUGGCCGCACACCCCCAGCUGGGAGCUCUGACAGAAUGGUGGCGAGCAGCAGAGGCCCACAGUAGGGGGGCAGCAGCCUUCCUCCCCCCGUUCCUGGGCCUCCCCACAAUGUUCACCCCCCACAUCCAGCAGAACCACAGCCCCAUGCAACCCCCCUCCAGGACCCCCAGCAAAAACGGACAGACCCCCAAAGGGGUGAACGGGGCAGUGAACGGAAGUGGGGUCUCCUCCCCAACCAUGCAGGGGUCUUACUCCAUGAACGCGUCCCCAUCUCUGGGUGCCUCCCAGUCUGUUAAGGGCCCCAAGGCCAGGGGCCCCAGGAGCAGCCCRCACAGCCAGAGCCACACAGCAGAGCUACAGCUGGAGAAAGUACCCCACAAACCUAAAGACAAGAAGCCCAGUAAAAAGCCAGCAGAGGUCGCUGGGGUCAGUGACAGCGAAUCAGGCUCUUCCUCGGACAGCUCCAGCAACGGAGCCAUCAGCAGCGACCUGGAGGACCUCGGAGGGGAAGAGGACGACGACGAUGAUGAUGACGACGAUGAUGAAGACGAGGAAGAGGAUGGAAAGUGUGAGGCGUGGAACUCUGAGAAGGAGAAGGCGAGGCGGGCGAAGAAAAAAAUGAAGAUCGGGACACUAAGCUCAGGCAUGAAGGAGGCCCAAGACAAGAGGAACAACCUGCCCCACAGCCUACCCUCCGACCCCCCCAUCCUGGUCCCCUCACAGCACUGCCCCUCUCCUCCUACCCUGUCCCAGAGCUCCCCCCUGUCCCUCCAGACCUCCCGGCCCAGGGAGGAGGGUCUCCAGCAGCACCUCAGUGUCAUCCAGUCCACGGGCCUAGCAGCCAGCUCCAAGCCCCUGGCUCUCCUCACCCAACCCCGCAGGGAAACCUCCCCAUCACCCCUCUCUGCCUCGCCAAUCCCCCUCAUCACCUCGCCCAAAGGACGCACCACAUCCUCCCCCAAGCCGCCCAAGCUCCUGCCCUCCUCGCCGCAGAACCUGCCCCUGUCCCUCUGCACUUCCCUGUCCCGCUCCGUACCCCUGUCCUCCUCGCCUCAAUCCUUCCCUCUCCUCACGUCGCCCAUGGCCAACUCCCAGCAGCCCAAGCCUCUGAAGACACCUGGCAGUGGGAAAGCCAGUAAGAGGAAGCUGCUGGAGGAUUCACUCUCUCAAAUCAACGAAUUCAGGCUCAAACAGUCUUUACUCUCGCAAGGCCAGACGUUCCCGGCGGCGCAGCCCAAGAAGCAGCAGGGUCACAAAACCUCUAGGAAGGCUGCUGGGGUGACGUCAUCCUCCUUGCCGCCCCCCAAGCUGUCCUCCUCGGAGAGUCCGUGUGGUGGUGGCAGAAGCACCAAGUUGCCCCCUGCUCCCCUCCCCCCUCCCCCCCAGAACAACCACUCCAACCUCUUCCUGUCCAGCGCUCUCCUGGGCCUGGCUGCCCACCCCAACGGAGUCAUCCAAAGCACCACCGCUCAGGACGCGCCGCUAGCCCUUAUCACCAAGCCCCGCAAAGACUCCAACAAGGACCUCUCUGGGGCAGGGGCGUCCCUCUCGCUGCCCGUCAACCUCAGCACCGGCGGAAGGGRCCACUCGGCCUCCUCUCAGGSCCCCCCGGCGCGGCCCGCUACCUCACCCUCACCGGCCACGGCKCGGGGCCCCAGGAAGAUCAAGGCCCCCAAGACCCCUAAGCUCCAGGCCCCUAACCUCCAGGUUCAGGCCCAUGCUCUGGCCCCCAUGGCAGCCUGGAAGGGCCUCUCUCAGAGUCACCUGGUGCAGUCUCUGGUGGACCUGUUCAGAGGGGCCGAGGCCGGCCUCCCAGGUCUCCCCGGUCUCCCUAGCAGCAAGGACUCGGAUGACUCUGUUGAGGAUGACGACGAUGACGACGAUGAUGAUGAUGAUGAUGAUCUGGAUGAUUUGGAGGAUGAUGAGGAGGACUCGGAUGACAGCUUGUCAGAUUCUGACAGUAACUCGGACAGCGACGCGGACGUCUCCGGUGGCAAACUGAAGGACCCGAAGCUGAAGCUGCCAUCUUCAGGCUCCGCCUCCAAGAGGGAGAAGACCCCACUCAAGCUAACCAAAGGCCACGCCUCCUUACUGAGCYACUCAACCAAUCACACAGCCACCAGCUGCUCCCCGCUCAACCUGCAGGUCAUCAAGACGCCCAACAUCGUCACCAGCUCCAGUGCCUUGGCCUAUCACAGCUCUCCUUCCUCCUCCUACUCCCUGGCCAUGCCCCCAGGUAACCGCAGGCAACCUAAACGCCUGGUACAUUGUCAAAGCUGCUCAAGUUUUAAAUUGCCCCAUAACUGCAAAUCUAGCAUCAGAUUACCCUAUCUAUCCAGAAAUGGAAUAAGUGGCAUCACACGCGAUAAUUUUAGCUUCAGUGCAAAGAUAAUGGUUGGUGACUUCUAUGAAGCCAGAGAAGGACCCCAGGGCCUGCAGUGGAGUCUGCUGAAGGACGAGGACGUCAUCCCUCAUAUCCUGGCCAUGGAGGGCCGGCGGGGACGGCCCCCCAACUCAGAGCGCCAGCGCGGGGCCGAGGGGGGAAAGGGCUCCCGGAGGAGGAAGGGCCGGCCGCCCAACGUGGGAGAGGGUCUGGGGUUGGGGGCAGAGGRGCCUAGCCCCAGCGAGGCCAAACUCUUACGCAAACUGGAGGCCCAAGAGAUAGCCAGGCAGGCGGCCCAGAUGAAGAUGAUGAGGAAGCUGGAGAAGCAGGCCAUGGCCAGGGCAGCCAAAGAGGCCAGGAAGCAACAAGCCAUCAUGGCGGCCGAGGAAAGGAGGAAGCAGAAGGAGCAAAUGAAGAUCAUCAAGCAGCAGGAGAAGAUCAAGCGUAUUCAGCAGAUCAGGUUGGAGAAGGAGAUGAGGACACAGCAGAUCCUGGAGGCUAAACGGAGAAAGAAAGAAGAGGUUGCGAAUGCCAAAGUUAUGGAGGCAGAGAAACGAAUAAAGGAGAAAGAAAUGCGAAGACAGCAUGCAGUCAUUUUGAAGCACCAGGAGUUGGAGAGGCAUAGACUAGAUAUGGAGAGGGAGAGGAGACGGCAACAUGGGAUGCUCAUGAAGGCGGUGGAGGCUCGCAAGAAAGCAGAGGAGCGCGAGCGCUUGCGGCAGGAAAAGAGGGAUGAGAAGCGCCUGAACAAGGAGCGGAAAUUGGAGCUGAGGAGGCUGGAACUGGAGAUUGCCAGGGAGCUGAAGAAGCCAAAUGAAGACAUGUGUCUGGCCGAUCAUAAGCCUCUUCCAGAGUUUUCCAGAAUCCCUGGCCUGAUCUUGCCGGGGGUUGCGGUGUCUGACUGCCUGAUGCUGAUGCAGUUCCUACGCGGCUUUGGGAAGGUGCUGGGCUUCGAUGUGGGGGUGGACGUACCCACCCUGGGGAUGCUGCAGGAGGGCCUGCUCAACGUGGGAGACAGCAUGGGACACGUCCAGGACCUGCUGGUCAGACUCCUCUCCCUGGCCGUGUGUGACCCUGGACUGCCCCCUGGACACAAGACCAAGACCAUGCUGGGGGACCAUCUGACCAACGUGGGCAUCAACCGGGACAACGUGUCGGAGGUGCUGCAGAUGUACAUGGGGGCCCAUUGUGGGCAGACUGAGCUGGCUGAGCUGGCCCUCAGCCUGAAGACCAAGGCCUUCCAGGCCCACACCCCCGCCCAGAAGGCCUCCAUACUAGGCUUCCUGGCCAAUGAGCUGGCCUGCAGCAAGAGUGUCGUCAGUGAGAUCGACAAGAACCUUGAUCACAUGACCAACAUGAGGAAGGACAAGUGGCUGAUCGAGGGCAAACUCAAAAAGUUGAGGACCAUCCAUGCCAAGCGGACCGGGAAGAGAGAUGCCAGCAUGGGAGGGGAGGAGGCCCAGCCCCUGGGUACGCCCUCCUCUGGCCUCAAACGCAAGAGAAAGGCCGGAGCAGAAAGCGACGACGACGAUGAUGAAGACGAAGACAGCGAUGACCUGGCCGAUGAAGAUGACGAGGAAGAGGAGGAGGAGAUGAAGAAGGSGAAGAAAGUGGAAACGUGUGACGAGGACGAUGGGGACCAAUCAACUAGUGUGGAGGAGCUGGAGAAACAGAUAGAGAAGCUAGCCAAGCAACAGCACCAGGUGAGGAGGAAGCUGUUUGAGGCGUCCCACUCCCUGCGCUCCAUGAUGUACGGCCAGGACCGGUACCGCCGGCGCUACUGGGUUCUGCCCCACUGCGGAGGGGUCUUCAUCGAGGCCAUGGAGAGCGGAGAAGCUGCGGGGGAGCUGGAGAAAGAGAGGGAGAGGAGGAGGAGGGCGGCAGCAGGGGAGGUGCACAUCAAGGAGGAGCCGCAGGAGGAGGAGGUGCAGAAGAAGAAACCRGGGGGCGUCGGCGGGGAGGAGAGGAGCGUCUACACCCCCGUGGGGUCAGAGGAAGGGAAGGAGGAGAAGAAAGGUUCUCCCAARCUUUUCCUCUUGRAMRCYGCRUCUCUCUCCAAACUGACCACGCUCCUCSARGRCGCUAAGGACGUUGCCAAGGAAACCCGCGAAGCCAAGGCAGACCCCCGCCCCAAAUACAACGGCAGCCCCAGGCCACCGUCUGUCACCACGACAACAAAAACAGCACCACUAUCUGAUCCCACCAACAACGCCUCUCUGCCCGCCUUACCUACAAGCCCCUGUGCGURGACGGCGCSGAACCUGCCGUGCGAGGAGGCCAAYCCCGGCUWCCRCACCUCCACCUCGUCRCCCUCCUCGUUCUCCUCRCURCUGAGCCCCCCACCCCAGCUUUUCAGCCCUAUGAAGACCUCCACCCUAACCCCUACCCCUCCACAGCUCCAGUACCUCCCCAGUGACCAGCUCCUCAGGGUCCUGACAGAGAGGAGCGGUCACUGGUUCACCCUGCUCCCCCGCUCCCCCUGUGACGACACCUCCCUAACCACCUCUCCCUCCCCAGGGCCCGGCCCUCUCCAGUCCUCCCCGCUGCCCUCCUCCAGCCUCACACGGCCCAGGUCUCCCCCGGCCUCCCCCGCCCUGCCUCUCACCCCCUCGGCAGCGUCGGCCUCAGCCAGCCCCCACCAUCCAGCUGGCUUCAUCAACUACCCUCUGUCAGCCCUGCAGGGUAAGGCUGGCGGGUCGUUGCUGGGUCUCUCAGCGUUCUGCGGUGGCUGGCCCAGUGGAAUGAUGAGCCCCAGCCAGCUGCCCUUCUGCAGCAGCCCCCUGCCAGGCCACUCAGGCCUCAGCUCCGUGGAGGGCAGUGCCAACGCGGCGCCCAGCGUCUCCAGCAAGAGCGAGUCGCCUGUUCCUCCCGGCGAGAAGCUCUCGUCCACGGUGCCCUCUCCCGCCAUGAUGGAGGUGCCCAAGCACUCGGAUCACCCCACACCAUGGCCCAUCCCUGAGGAGAUGCUAUCAGGCUGGUGGCGAGUGUCAGACAUUGAGGAGCUGCGCUCCCUGGUGGAGUCCCUCCACAGCCGGGGAGUCAGAGAGAAGGGCCUGCACCGACAGAUGCACAAAUACAUGGAACUCAUCCCACAGGUCUGCACCAAGCACCGAGACGCGGCCAUGAUAGAGCUGUGUGAGCUGGAGGAGAGCCAGGUGAGUGUGGAGUCAGUGCGGGGGUGUGAUGUGCGAGAGCAGGCCAUGGAGAUGGACAUCGCUGUGCUGCAGCAGGUGGAGGAGCUGGAGAGGAAGGUCACCACCGCCAGCCUGCAGGUCAAGGGCUGGAUGUACCCCGAGCCCCAAUCAGAGAGGGAGGACCUGGUCUACCACGAGCACAAGCCCCUCCCCAAACAKCAACCAGCGGCGGGCGGCGCUGCCGACAAAGACCAACCGGAGGACAAGGCGGACCACAAGGCGGGCGGCGUGGUGCGUCACGCGGACAACCCUCUGGACAUAGCGGUGACGCGGCUGGCGGACCUGGAGAGGAACAUCGAGAGAAGGUACCUGAGGAGCCCCUUAGGUACCACCAUUCAGAUCAGGCUGGAUAAUGUGGGGGCUAUCGGUACCGUCACUGUCCCCGCUCCCUCCAGUAGUGCUGACAGGGAAGGGGGCGAAGAGGAGGUGGCCCAUGGGAUGAAGGUGUGGAGGAAGGCCCUGGGCGACGUCCGCAGUGCCGCCCAGCUYGCCAUGUGUCUCCAGCAGCUCCAGAAGUCCAUCGCCUGGGAGAGGUCCAUCAUGAAAGUGUACUGUCAGAUCUGCAGGAAGGGUGACAACGAGGACCUGCUCCUGCUGUGUGACGGCUGUGACAAAGGCUGCCACACGUACUGUCACAAACCCAAGAUCACCGCCAUCCCCGAGGGGGACUGGUACUGCCCCGCCUGCAUAUCCAAGGCGAGCGGCCCAUCUCCCAAGAACAAGAAGCUGCCCAGCAAACCGGUGGCGGGUGGAGGCGGGAAGAAACCCACCACUGCUGAGGCCAAGCGGAACGGGAAGCAGGCCGGCAACAGUAACGGUAACGUGGAGGUGUCAGAGGACGACUCGGCGAGCGCCAACAGCACCCCGAAGAAAGGAGGAGGAGCGAAAGAGCCCCCCAGCAGGAAAAGGAAAGGAGAGGAGAGCCCCGCCCCGUCCCAGGCCCCGCCCACACCCCAGUCACCCAGUCAGGAGAGCCCUGUGGUGUGUGUGAAGAGAGCCAAGACAGCCAGAGACAACAACAGAGACCUGGGUUUGUGCAGGGUGCUCCUGGCUGAGUUGGAGCGCCACCAGGAUGCCUGGCCCUUCCUCAACCCCGUCAACACCAAGGGGAUCCCUGGCUACAGGAAGGUCAUCAAGAAGCCCAUGGACUUCGCCACCAUCAGAGAGAAGCUCAUCAGCAGCCAGUAUCAGAAUCUGGAGACUUUCAUUAUUGACGUCAACCUGGUUUUUGAUAACUGUGAAAAGUUUAAUGAAGACAAUUCAGACAUUGGGCGAGCGGGACACCAACAUGAGGAAUUCUUUGAUAAGAGAUGGGACAGAAGCUUUCUCAAGCAAAUAAACUAA